AUGCUCGACGUGAUGGAUAAAAACCUACCAAGACGUUACUUUUCUAUACACUUUUUGUUAUUUCGAUUCCUUGGUUUAGGAUGGUGGCAUCAUCCAGAUGAAGGCGACUUCCAGAACUUCCCCGGAUUUUAUCUUUAUUACGCGAUAUUAACGGAAAUUUUCUGGGUAGCGGGUUUCGUAGGACUCGAAUCAAUCGAUCCGUUCAUCGGUGAAAAAGAUCUGGACCGAUUCAUGUUUAGUCUCUCAUUUGUCAUCACUCAUGAUCUUACAAUAAUCAAGCUUUACUUAUUUUUCUUCAAAAAUCGUGAGAUCCAAGAUGUAGUGCACACUCUGGAAAUAGAUUUGAGAGAAUUCUAUCAAAACUAUGACAAAGUCCGCAGAACCAUUAGAAUAUCAAAAAUAUUCACUGCGUCAUUUGUGUUCUUUGGUUGGGUGACAAUUACAAAUUCUAAUAUAUAUGGUAUAAUUCAAGAUGUUCGUUGGAGAGCUGAAGUAGCUAAAUCAAAUGAUACCAGUAACGCACCACCGAGGACACUCCCUCAACCUAUAUAUAUCCCAUGGGAUUAUCAAAGCGACGUACACUAUAUCUCAACUUUUCUCUUGGAAACUAUUGGUUUACUUUGGACUGGACAUAUCGUCAUGACAGUAGACACAUUUGUUGGCUCUAUAAUACUACAUAUGAGUACACAAUUUUCAAUACUACAAGAAGCUAUAACCACUGCAUACGAUCGUACGAUCGAUGGUUUAACAAAAAACAUAAAUGAUGAUAACGACGACAUACUCAUAAUUUAUGAUUCUCGUAACAUGGAAGUCGAGAGCUAUUACGAAAGACUUGUGCGAACAAAUUACACGGAAAAAGAAAUUGAAAAUGCCUUAGAAGAUUCCUUGAAGAAAUGCUUCCGUCAGCAUCAAAUGCUAAUAAAUUGCGUUGAGAAAUUCGCCUCGACGUAUUCCUACGGCUUUAUGACUCAACUUCUUUCAAGUCUGGCAGCUAUUUGCGUGGUAAUGGUACAAAUUUCGCAAGACGCAUCCAGCUUUAAAUCCAUUCGGUUAGUUACGUCUCUAGCCUUCUUUGCGGCUAUGAUCAUACAGCUCGCCUUACAAUGCUUCACUGGAAGUGAACUGACACAACAAGCUGGUCUAGUAUCAGAAGCAGUAAUGCAAUGUAAAUGGGAACGAAUGUCGCCGCGCCUGCGCCGGUUACUCUUGAUGACCAUGAUGAGAGCCCAACGGCCACUCCAACUCACCGCCGCUGGUUUUGCAAAACUAGACAACGACUGCUUUCUAGCAAUCAUAAAGGCGGCUUACUCAUACUAUGCAGUUUUAAGUCAAAAACAGGCAUGAGAAGUGAACAAGAUGAAAAGAAAACAAUCAAAUAACACUAAUUUAAAAUUUAUUAAUUCACAUAUAUAUGCACUUUGUAUUAUCACUUAAACUUAUGGAUAUUAACUAACUAAUCUAUCACAGAUUUUAAGGGCGUAUAAAAGUAGAAAAUAAAUAUUUCAAUACUU